AUGUCGUCGGCUGCCCUACAGACGGCCCCCCAUCAACAACACACCGCUCUGGCCUCGUCCCCCUUGAGCACACCGUCGUCCCGCCAGUACAGGCCCUCGCACUCAUCCCCUAACAGUCAGGCGUACAAUGCCCAGCAGACCUCGACCGCUUCUUCAUCUUCGCGACGACCUCCUUCAAGAAAAACGAACGAAAGCGCUCCCUCGCAUUCUUAUCAUCUAACUCCAGGCUUUGGUGCACCAGCCACCGCUUCGGCGCCCAACGACCAAGAUCAAGGUGCCUCUGACUGGCAAGGCAACAUGCCUCCCGUCGCUCCUCCGCGGAGCUCCUCUAACCACCAGAGUGGUAGCUCGCGAAGGUCCCAGUAUUCCAACGAAAAGUCCCCCAAUUCUCCCCGCCGAAACGAUUCCACACGAACUGGUUCGCGUGGUGAAUCAGCGGCCGCCGAGAACGGUUAUCGAAGCAGCAAGGCUGACGCUGCUGCCCGAGCAAGCAGCCGAGAUGGCAGCAAGGUCCCAAGCUCAUCUCUGCCUGUCCGAUCCGCACACAACACGCCCUCGAAACCUGUCCACGAUGCCACUGACAGCUUAACAAAAGCCAUUGCAGCUGCUCAGGACACCAUCGACCGGGAUCGCAACCAUGCCGGCCACCAGCAAAAUGGCGAUAAUUCGGCUAUGCCUCCUCCCGCUGUCGCAACGGGUGAACAUGGCGAGGAACGAAGGCAGCGAAGCCGACACGACCAUAGUAAAAGCCAUAAGGGCAAUACCAAGUUUGGUGAUUUCAUUCUCGGCAACACUAUUGGUGAGGGUGAAUUUGGCAAAGUGAAGCUGGGCUGGAAACAGGACAGCAGCGUUCAAGUUGCCAUCAAGCUCAUCAAGAGGGACAGCGUUGGAAGCAACCCCUCUCGAUUUGCUAAGAUUUACCGCGAAGUUGCCAUCCUUCGCGGGGUUCAGCACCCCAACAUUGUGCGUCUGAUCGACAAGGUCGAGACAGACCGACACAUUGGUAUCAUUCUCGAAUACGCGUCCGGCGGUGAACUUUUCGAUUAUAUCCUCAACCACCGCUACCUAAAAGAUAAUGCUGCGCGUCGCUUAUUCGCCCAGCUCAUUUCUGGCGUUGGUUACCUACACAAGAAGGGAAUAGUACACCGAGAUUUGAAGCUAGAAAACUUGCUUCUCGACCGUAACCGCAACAUUAUUAUCACCGAUUUUGGUUUCGCCAACACCUUCGAUGCCAACGAGGAAUUGACCAAAGAUGAGGAGCUCAACCUGACCGAUAAGGAGUUCGUGAAGCGAAUGGGCUUGGAUCGCGUCAAGAUGAACGGCUCCAGGAAGGGUGAUCUCAUGCAGACAAGUUGUGGAAGUCCUUGCUAUGCCGCGCCUGAAUUGGUUGUUAGCGAUUCUCUAUACACUGGUCGUAAGGUGGAUGUCUGGAGUUGUGGUGUCAUUUUGUAUGCCAUGCUUGCUGGCUACCUCCCAUUCGACGACGAUCCCGCCAACCCCGAAGGCGACAACAUCAACCUCCUAUACAAGUACAUCGUCACAACGCCUUUGACCUUCCCCGAAUAUGUCACCCCUCACGCCCGAGACCUCCUCCGCCGCAUCCUCGUUCCUAACCCCCGCAAGAGAGCGGAUCUGUUCGAAGUUGCUCGACACAGCUGGCUGAGCGAGUAUGCCAACCUCGUGGAGUUCAUCACCAGCUCGACAACACUACCUUCAGAGGUUCCCGAUUCCGGUGUUUCUCCCGAUGACGACUACGCCGAGGCUCCCACAGUCGCCCGAAGCAACUCCGUCCGCGAAGCCUCGAAGCACAAGCAAUCUCAUCCUCCUGUUGUUGGAGGAUUGGCCAAGACGCAUGGCAGUGUUGAUCCUGAGGCUGAGGCUACUCAUCGUAGCACACCCAAGGAUGCUAAGCGAAGAACAGUCCAGGUCGAAUACGUGGCUCCUACAACGAAAACUCAACGUGGUGCCGAGGCCGCGCCUUCGAAACCUAGUUCUCACUCUCUCCAACAACAGCAGGCUGCCGAUACUCCGGAGCCUAAUACUGAGAAACCCCUGCCUCGCGAGCCGCCACUGACGAAGGACAAUGCUUCUCGUGCUCAGCAAUCAAGGCGUCCUCAAAGUUCGCACAAGAAUGCCCCUCCUCCCCACCGACCAUCUCGCGAUACUCGCGCCACUUCCGACAAUGCCUUCAUGACUGGUGGAACUGCCACAACAAGACCGCGAACACAAGGAUCAAUGCAAUCCUCGACAUCGAUGGGUCUACAGUCUCAUGGCAACUAUGGACAGCCUGCACCACCUACAAUCGCCGAUACAAAUGCUCACGGCCGAAUCCAGCAGCCUCAGACCCCCGAUGAGGAAGGUAAUAUUGCCAAGGAUGUUGGUAGCGUUCCUCCUAAGGUGAUGAAGAUGUCCACAUUCCAGAACGAGACCAAGGCAUCCGGUAGGGGCCAUAAGCGAUCGAACACUCUGGGUGAUCUCGGCAACAAGAUCAUGGGCCGCAGCGGAUCCAUCUUUGGUGGCAAAUCUAAGAAACGACCUGAACAGCAGCAGCAACCGCAGCAACCGCAGGCCGAAAAGUCAUCGAGGAAGUACCCACCUGUCAGCAUGUCAAACACCAUGUUGCCAGGCGAGGACGCUGGCCCUAGACCAUCAAUGGACUCGAAGGCAUCUAGAAGAUCCUUCUCCCUUGGUCUUGGCAAGAAGCGUAGUGGCAGUGUUCAAGGCUCAAGUGACAAGCAAAACCGUCGAUUUUCUCUGGUCAAGGCUAUGGGUCUUGGCAGGAACGAGGGUAGCGUGACAGGAUCUGAGGCCGAUUCACAACAGGACUUGCCUAUUCAACAUCCUCGAACCGAGCAACUUCGCGGCUACAGCAACCACGAUGAGCCUCGACACAGCGAGCCCUACUUCGAUGCACCCUACGAGCAGUACCCCCAGCGUGACACAGCACAGUCAAGCCCUGUGUAUCACACACGCUACGGGUCUCAGCAACAGGAUGGCCGAAGGCCCAGCGCGAUCCCUACCUAUAUCCAGGGAGGCAGCCAUUUGAACACUGGUUCAGAUUCAUCGGUGGACAUGCGACGACCUAACGACUCACGAUCUCGCCCUUACCAAGCAGACUUCUCUGAGUCUGAAGGAUACGAUGGACGACCAGUCGGAAGCAGCCGUGAGGACCGCCCAGGUGUUCUUCACAAGAGCCACAAGAAGUUCGCGGACGCCUAUGAUGGUGGUCAUGAAGGAAGCAGCGGAGCCGCGAAACGUGUCAUGGAUUUCUUCAGAAGACGUGGCAAGGCGAGAGGUGGUGAAGAUAGGUGA